UCGGUGUGUGUGUGUGCUGGAGGAGGAAGACAUGGCGGACUGCGGCCGGGCCAGACCAGCGGUGCUUGACUCCGCGGACAGCCGGACAUCGAGCCCUCUGAGCGGGAAGAAGAGGUCUCAGCAGUCCCCCGGUCUCCGGCCCAGGUACCGGAGCUCCGCACCGGGCCACUGCCUCCGGAGGGUCACCCUCACCAAGCCCACCUUCUGCCACAGCUGCAGCGACUUCAUCUGGGGCCUCAUCGGCUUCCUGUGUGAAGUGUGUAACUUCAUGUGUCACGAGAAAUGCCUGAAGACGCUGCGUUCGGCUUGUUCCUGCAUGACUCCGUCGUUGGUCCGGGUCCCUGUGGCUCACUGCUUCGGCCCGGCUGGUCAGAAGAAACGUUUCUGUUGUGUCUGCAGGAAACAGACGGAGGGAAACACGGCGCUGCGCUGCGAAGUGUGUGAGCUGCACGUCCACGCUGACUGUGCCGUCUUCAGCUGUGCAGACUGUCGUAGUCCUCACCUGGACAGGACUCUGGAGCAGGAUACGUUCCACCACCACUGGAGGGAGGGGAACCUGGCGUCAGCGGCGAGGUGUGAUGUGUGUCGCCGUUCCUGCGGUUCGUCUGACGUCAUGGCGGGGAUGAGGUGUGAGUGGUGCGGCAUCACGAGCCACGCGGCGUGUUACCUCAGCGUGCCACCAGAGUGCACUCUGGGACGUCUGGGCGGCAUGCUGCUGCAUCCGGCCUGCGUCCGCCUCGACUCCAGAAACUUCAGCAAGAUGCACUGCUACCGCAUCACGGAGAGCUGCAGCAACGACCUGGAUAACCUGGAUGAUGUUGAUCCGUCUGCUGCUGCUGCUUGCAAAGACGGUCAGCCGGCGGCUCCAGAGUCAGGUAAACAGCUUCUGAAGGUGUUUGACGGUGAUGAUGCCGUUAAGCGCGGCUGCUUCCGAUCGGUUUCUAUCAAUCGAGCUACGAGAAACGAGGAUGUGGUGGAAGCGGCGCUGAGGGCCUUCUACCUCCCCGAUGACCCUCAGGACUACGAUCUGCAGGAGGCUGGCGGGAGCAAGCGUCUCCAUAGCGACGACAUCCUCAACCGUAACGGCAGCACCGACAACCGGAGCUCCCUGAAGGAUGGAGGUGACGCCUGGCUGCUGAGGGCCAAACCCAGAGACGCCGAGGUCAUAAAGGUGUACGCCGGCUGGCCCAGAUCGGGUGCAGCUUCCGUCUCCGUCACUAAGAGCAGCACAGCAGCUUCAGUCCUCACCGAGGUCCUCAGUCAGCUGGACAGACCGGAGGAAGAGGCGUCCCGUUUCAGCCUGAUGGAGGUUUACAUGAGCAGCAAACAAGUCCAGAGACAGACGCUGACUCCUCAGGAGAAGAUUCAGGACAAGCUGCAGGAGAUCAGGAAGGUGUCUGUGCGUCAGAUGAACCAGACUCGGUUCUACGUGGUGGAGAACAGGAAGCGGGCGGUGCAGGUCAACCUGCUGAUCGGAGGACUGACCCCCCUGCUGACUAAAGACGAGUACGUCCAGCUGAUCCAGGAACACCUGACCAUCAAGAGUCACCUGGUCACCAUCGGCCACGUCUACACCAGUCAAGGUGCGGUGGAGCUGCAGAUCUCGUGUUUCUCUGAAGCAGAGAGGAUCUACAUGUUGGCUAAAGACACCACCGUCAACAACAAGACGCUCACUGCGCUCGUUAUUCCAGAGAUCGUGACCAAUAAGCUGGGAGACGACGUCUGUCCUCUGCUGGUGUUCGUCAACCCAAAGAGUGGCGGUCUGAAGGGCAGAGAGCUCCUCUACAGCUUCAGGAAGCUCCUGAACCCUCAUCAGGUCUUUGACAUCUCCAACGGAGGACCGCUGGCUGGCCUCCACACGUUCCGAGGGGUUCCCAGGUUCCGGGUGCUGGUCUGUGGGGGUGAUGGGACGAUGGGCUGGGUGCUGGGAGUACUGGAGGCCGUCCGGCACAAACUGGUGUGUCGAGAGCCGCCCAUCGGCAUCGUACCGCUGGGAACAGGUAACGACUUGGCUCGCGUCCUGCGUUGGGGACCGGGUUACAGCAGCGAGGACCCCCACCACAUCCUGGUCUCCGUGGACGAGGCAGACGAGGUUCUGAUGGACCGGUGGACCAUCCUGCUAGACGCUCAGGACAUCUCUGAAGACGGCAGGGACAACGGCUUCCUGGAGCCGCCCAAGAUUGUGCAGAUGAACAACUACUUUGGUCUGGGCAUCGACGCAGAGUGCAGCCUGGACUUCCACCAGGCCCGAGAGGACGAACCGGAUAAAUUCACCAGCAGGUUCCAUAACAAAGGAGUGUACGUGAAGGUCGGCCUGCAGAAGAUCAGCUCCACCAGGAGUCUCCUCAGAGAGCUGCAGCUUCAGGUGGACACUCAGGACGUCCCGUUACCCAACAUAGAGGGGCUCAUCUUCCUCAAUAUACCCAGUUGGGGUUCUGGUGCUGACCUCUGGGGGUCAGAGGUCGAUGUUCGCCACGGGAAGCCCAGCAUCGAUGACGGCCUGCUGGAGGUGGUCGGGGUCACCGGAGUCGUCCACAUGGGCCAGGUGCAGAGCGGGCUGCGCUCAGGGAUUCGUAUUGCUCAAGGGAACUACAUCAGGCUGACGGUGAGCAAACCCAUACCUGUCCAGGUGGACGGAGAACCGUGGAUCCAACCGCCGGGACACAUCAUCAUCUCCGCUGCUGGACCAAAGGUUCGGAUGUUGAGGAAGUCCAAGCAGAAGCAGAAGAAGUCAUCAGCCGGCUCGAAGGACGGGCGCUCUGAGAGUCCGUCCUCCAGAGACGGAGGACACUGACCGACCCACCUGCACCUCAGUGUCCUGCCUUUUACCUGCUUCCUGCUGCAACUGGGCGGCCGUUUUGGUUCCGGGCUGCUUCACUCACGUAGCUUUGUAGCGACGCAGACGGGCUGCAGAUGGACUCGGAGACCGGAGGAGGUUUAACGUUUACAGCUUGCACACGGUGGGAGGAAGUCUCUGGAUCGCCUCUAGUUUGGUCCAUCCUGCUGACCGAGCACUUAUCACUCACAGAGUUCACACGGUUAAUAUUCAGCAAAUAAAAGUAAUUUUUUACUUAAAAGCUCACUAAGAGUAACAAGUACUUUAUAGAUUUAAAAUAGGAUUUCUGCAUAUAUUAAGAAAGAGUUAUCAGUAUGGAUAAGCUUCAGAGUUGAACAAAAAAAGUAUUUAACAGAAGUAAGUUUCUGUCCAGACGUGACUGUAUAAUGUGCAGUAAGUAGCAGUAGACUCAGUGUCAGUUGAUUUAUUGUAAUAACUUUAGUUGUGAAAAAUAAUGUGCAGCUAUUGGAGUGAUUAUGACCUCAAUCAUAUUGUCAGUGGAGAAUAUGAAGAACACUGAAGCGCUGCUGGAGAGACUGACAAGCAGUUUAAUGAGAAGCUGUAACCACGUUAUGUUUAUCUAAACCACAGAAUCUCCUGGGAGGCUCAACUGGCUUCCUUCUUCUUCUUCUUCUCAUCUUGUGUGAAAUGCUUUGGUAACGUUGGUUUUAGACAACAUUCAUGUCGCAGUGAAGCUCUCCGAAGCUAAUGAGCGCGCAGAAUCAAACCAGAAACCUCUGAAACCGCUGAGCAGCGUCAGCGUGUGACUGGAAACUUCACAAGAGUCAAGUUAACUGAUUAAAAGAAUAAAAGUCAGAUCAAUCUGAGAUCAACGAGUGUUAACGUGAAGAUAAAAUCCUCAAGUUUGUAUUUCAGCAGAUGGAAAGUGUAUAAAGCUAAUUGGCAAUAACACCAACUGUAGAUAUAUGAUGAUGAUUUAUAAGACAAUAGGUCGUCACCAAGUUUGUUUUGACAGAAAUUAUCAUCCAGAUCUUGUGGAAGAACUUUGGAGACUCCGAACCUUAAAAAUGAGCAGACUGUCUGCUUUCUAAUUAAUUUAAUUAAGUUUUGUUAAUCACUUCAAAAUAUGCGCAUGUAAAAGUUAGAAAAACUAAAGUGUUAAAGAAGAGACGCUCUAGUAAAUAUUAGUUCUUAUAAUUAAAAAAGAAAAAGGUGAGCAUCUGGCUUUACGAUCAUAUCAAAAGUGAUCAAGUUAGCAACCUUAACUUAAUUUAGUUUUGAUCGGCACAAAAAGAACAGUUAACAUUUAAACUUUAAAAUGAUGACAAAUAAUCAGAGUUAUGCAGGUCGUUGCAAACCUGCCAACAUACGUGUUAUUAUCAGAGAUGUGUUGAAGCAGGUAUUUUACAGUCAAACGAUGCUAAACAAUAAUAUUUGAAGGCAAACUACAAAAUGAUUGAAAACCAGCUUGUUAAAUUAGCGUCAAUAAGUAAGGUCACGUUAGUUUGUGUCUUUAUUUAGCUGGCCGCUCAAGUUACUUAUCAUGUAUCUUCUAGAAUCAUGUCCCAUAAUAAAUUGUGGACGUAUCUAUUAGUCCAAAUUUAAUAUGAUGACUGUAAAACAUAACUUAAGAUAAUGUGACAUGCUGCAGACGGUGUUGAUGCUACAAUAGAAGCUUUAUACUGUUUCAGU